ACCACCCAUAAAACAAAGUUUUGGGAGAGGGCUACUUUGCGUGGCAUCUUGGCCGUGUCAAAUUGGGUGUUUGGCGGCGAGGGAGGUGGGAAGAUCUCGACAAUGGGAAAGAGGGAGAAGAAGCUGAGGCACCAGCAAAGAAAUCCUCGUCGAGGAUCCUCUUACUAUGCUGAGGGAGAUGAUGACUAUGAUGACCAGCUGAGCCUGCCCUCUUCUUCUUCCUCUGCUUCCAAACCUUCUAUUCCUGAAGAAGAGGAAGAAGAAGGCGAUGAAGAAAAAAGUGAUGAUGAAGAAGAAGAAGAGGAAAAUGGAGAACAUUCAUUGAAGGACGUCCCGUCAAAAUUUCUUCUAUACCAACAGUCUGUACAGUCUCCGAAGGGAGACAUAAGCUAUAUGCAGAAGUUCUUUCUGAUGUAUGUGGCUGGGAGGUUGCCCCUCCAUCUCCAAGAGGAUUUCUGUGGAACCGCUCUUCUUAGCGCUGAAUGGAUUCGCAGUAAUCCAAGUAGGACUGCUGUGGGAUUGGAUUUGGACCUUGAGGCACUAAAUUGGUGCAUGGAGAACAACAUAACUAGCGUUGGUGCUGAUGCAUCUACCCGAAUAUCCCUAUUUCAUGGUAAUGUCUUGCAGCCUCUUGAUGCCAAACAAGUUAAAGUCGAGCCUCAUGAGCUCAUAAGUAAAAUCACACUGCAAGAAGGUAAAGAUGGUUGUGGGACUCAUGCACUGGAAUCUACUAUGCAAUUGGACUCUCCUACCAAUCAUAAGUACAUGAAGAACUUUCCACUUCCUCCAAGAGACAUAGUUUGUGCAUUCAACUAUAGUUGUUGUUGUCUCCAUAAACGUGAAGACCUGGUUUUGUAUUUUAAGCAUGUGCUUGAUGCCUUGUCAAAGAAAGGGGCUAUAUUUGUGAUGGAUUUGUAUGGUGGGACAUCGUCAGAGCGCAGGCUAAGGCUCCAGAGGAGAUUUGCCAAUUUUACGUAUGUUUGGGAGCAAGCUGAAUUUGACAUAAUUGAGCGCAAAACAAGGAUUAGCCUACACUUUCAUCUCCAAAAGCAGCAGAAAAAAAUUCGUCAUGCAUUUUCAUACAGUUGGAGGCUGUGGUCAUUGCCUGAGAUUAAAGACUGCUUAGAAGAGGCUGGAUUUCGAUCUGUCCAUUUUUGGCUUCGGCAAAUGCCAGACGGUGAAGAAAUCCGAACUACAGAGGGAUUUGGUGUUGGACGAGAUGUGAAGUAUGAAGAGGUAAAAAGUUUUCAGCAACAAGACGCUUGGAAUGCAUACAUAGUAGGUGUUAUGUAGCUCCAUCUUUCCUGGUAAAAUUCAAGGUGAUGUAGACAUCAUGGCCAAAACUUUUAAUUUUGCUCAUGAUUAGGAGAUAAGGGGCUUUUAAAACUUCACUAACAUUAAGACCAAGAAAACAAAUAACCUUCUUUUACUUCUGUUUAGUUCCACCUCCAAAUCUAGCUUGCAAAGUACUACCAUGUGCGAGAGAUUACAUUGAAGCAGAUAUUGUUCUAUCCUGCCAGUAAGUUUCCUUAUUUUUAUA